CAACUGUCAAAUUGUAAACUGUCAAUAAGGACAACUCUAGUGAAAACUUGUAGAGUUGUGUAUCUAGGUUGUCAAAAACUUGCUGCAUAAUAUUUGUAAAAAUACUUUUCAACUGGAGCUUGAGCUGCCAUAUAAAGAGAUACUGCCGCAGAGACAAGUCGGGCUAACGCUGUGACGCCGCCACAAUUAGCACAGUUUGGUUUACAUCGUGUCAAAAUGUCCAAGUCCAGUGCAACGCAACGUUUGCUACGCUCCCAAAAGGGCGACAAGUCGCAGGACAAUGAAUUGUUUGUGAAGGUGCCCAAGUUUAAAAAGCGAGCACAAAGCACAAGCAAAGGAGCGCUGGAUGGUCAGGAGGAGCUGCCGGACAGCGUGCUCAAGGAUGCGCAGCAGCUCAACAAUCAACGUGUGUAUAAAUAUCUCAAGCAGCCCUAUUGUCAGCGUUGGAUCUGGUGCGAGUUUAUGGAGUCCUUUGUAGACAAGGCGCUGCUGGCUUGCGCCUAUGACAUACAUAGCUAUAUGCAUGCCUGUUUUCCACAACUGCAGACGCGUCAGUUGCCACGACGCGCUUGGCAGCUCAUACGCCGCAGCAUGGGCAAGGCGCGACGCUUCUCGCCGGCCUUUAUAGACGCCGAGCGCAUAGAGCUGGAACGCCUGCGUUGCCUGCUGCGCCAGCUGCAGCAGCGUAGCUUUAAUCUGGAGCAGGAUGGCGAGCUGUUGGCGCUCAUGCCCAAGUUUGUGCCGCAAGCCUUGGCCGUGGACACUAAGGUUAUUAGUUUGCUGCAUUUGCCGCUGCUGAGUCUCUACAAAGGAUGCAUUGUGGACUUUGAUCCCAAGGAUAGCAGCUAUUUGGUUAAGUUCGACUACAAUGGCCAACAGAUGCUGCUGCGUCUGCCCGACUGCUUGCUUUGCACUCUACACGAGGGCAAGACUUUGCCCUUGGCCUCCAUUAUGCAGAAGUCGGAUGACAGUGAUCCCGCACAGCUGUCCAGCUUCGAGAGCAGCAUUGGCAGCUCAGAGCAGCUGUUGGAUGCUUUGCUAAAACUACAAAAGCUGCUGCAGGUGAAGCGCAAGACAGUGGACGACAUGGCCAGCAUGAAUGAGGAGCUGGAGGCCAGUGGCAUGCAACUGCCUGCCAGACGUGAAACACGCUUAACACCGCAGCGUGAGAAGCUGCAACGCCGCUAUGCCACCAACAUGAUCAUGCUGCACCGCGUCAAUGUGGACAUCCUGGAGCCGCUGCAUGUGGUGCACACUCAUCUCAGCGAGCACGAAUCUAAUGCCCAGCAUCGCAAGCAUGUUUCACGCAAUGAACUCUAUGAGAACUGUCGCACCUUGGCGGAGCUGGAUCUCAAAGCUGCCUCACUUAAACCCGAAUCGGAGGCUACGCGUGAGCUUGUCCUGCGCCUGCAGACUUUGCUUUAUCUCUGCAGUGAGCUGGGCAAUGGCAACAAUGUGGAACUGGAUGCCAUUAUGGAUGACUUUUUGUCAAAUUUGCUGGACAGCUAUCCUUCGCAGCUUAGGGAUGCCAUUGGUGGCAUUAUCGGCCUUUUGCAGCCUUUGCGUGAGCACAUUGUUACCCUAUCCAGGAAGGAGGCCGAGCGCUGCGAGGUUGUUUUACAGUUCGAUGUUAAUCAGCAUCUACUGCAUGAGGAGUCCGAUAUUGAUAUGGGCUUAUAAUAAGUCUUAUUUAUAAAUGUAUUGCAUUAAAUGUGUUAAAUAAAUUGAAUUGAUUGGCA